CACAGUAUGUUUGUACCCCACAGAUUUAAAUUGGACACUUUCUGAUGUUUUUAUGUUGAUAUUAUUUUGCAGAAACAUGCAAAUAAGUUUACUCUAGUCUAACCCAUAGCCAGAAUACUCCAUCUCAAGUUUUUUAAAUGGCUUCCUUUUCUGUCUGCUAUUCUCAGAUGUGGAAGAAAGGGAGCUGAACAUAAGUUCUACAAUCAGUUGGAGCAAAUACUUGGUCAUGAAGUGGUCUCCAUUGAUGAGUAUGAUGAAAGAGAUGAUCAAACAGUAGACCAGGACACAGGUACAUUGGCAGUACAGACGGUUUAUCUGUUUACAUUGAAGACUCAGUCAAUCAAAUCAGCAGAGCCGUACCUAUGAUCUGGAUCUAGCCGUACCUAUGAUCCCAGAGCAGGUGCUGAAGGGAUGAGAUAUACCCCGUGGUCAGAGUCCGAGACGCUGGCCCUCAUUGAGCUGUGUGGGAACGAGGAGGUCCAGAAGAGCCUCCGAGGUUGCGUUGGCAAAGGGCACAUUUUCGCCGACAUAGCGGAGAAGCUGGCCACCAUUUGGCAAUUCAAAACGGCUGAGCAGUGCCACUUGAGGGUUAAGCGGCUGAGGAAAACUUACCGAAGGUGUCUCCACAGCAGGACAAACAGAGGGGAGCCCUUACUCUUCAGAUACUACAGGUUCCUGGAGCCGGUGCUAGGCAACGACACUCACUCCCUCGAUGCAGAGAUUGUUGAUUUGUGUGAUGACUUCAGGCCACAUCCCACUGAGGAACCAGAUCAGGAAACAUGCCAGGGCUCAGUCAGUUACGCUGUGACAGAGGUCUGGGGUGAGGACCACGUGCAGCUCUCCCUCCGCGGCUGCUUGAAGAACAGACACGUGUUUGAGUUCAUCUCAUGGAGGAUGAAGGCCCAGGGGUUCAUCAGGACGGCUGAGCAGUACCACACCCGCAUCAAACGACUCAAGGCCAGCUUCCACCAUGACAACUCCAAGUUCCCCUGGAGCGCCAGUGAGACCGGGGUCCUCCUCAGUAUCUGGGGGAGUGACGACGUCCAGCAGGAUCUGAAGGACUGCACCAAAAACAGACACAUUGUCACUGAGAUCUCUCAGGCAAUGGCCAACGAUGGCUAACUGAGGACAGCCCAACAGUGCCAGUCUAGAGUGAAGCUACUAAAGGUCAACUUCCGCCAGUUCUGUGAGAGCAGUCAGGUUGGAGGGGAAGAAGAGGAGUGCAAAUUCUAUGAUCAGUUUGUGCAAAUAUUUGGGAACAAGUGUCUAUCCUGUGAUUCUCUGGCUGAGAAAUCGAACGGUGCCACAGACAUGCGAGAGGACCCAGGUGGACAAGUCCAAGGAACAGAAUCCAGAGGACAGAUAAUUGUAACUCAGACUCCUGCAGUGAAAGCUGUUCUCCCAGGACAGUCAGUCUCUCUGAACUGUAAAACCAGCAGUAAUGUGCAUACAAAUAACCAUAUUUUCUGGUACCAACAUAAACCUGGAGAAGCUCCU